UCUUACAAAAUUUCCUAGUCGAUAAUGAAUUCCACUCGGGUGAGCAUUUGUCGCACCUGUCUAGCGGAAGGUGUUCCUAUGAUCAGUCUGUUCAACUGCUGUGAGCCUACCGACGAGGGUGACGAAGAAAACGAACCGUCACGUAAUCCGAUUCCCGUCCAGCUCAGUACAAUCUACAGCGAACUGCUCCGACUGCCACUGGUUGAACCGAUUCCGACCGAGGUCUGCCUGCAAUGUGCGGAUAAACUCAAGGAGAUUGACCAGUUUCGUCGUAAGGCCACGAAGGCCUACGAAGAGUUACAGACGAAGGUAAGCAUAGCGCAGAUCAUCAACCAACUCGACCAGAGUAGUUUGGGUAGCGUGCAGAAUGAUCGCCUGGAGGAAGACUUUGCCGAAGAUUUGAUGGCAGAAGAUGAGCUUAGCAGCAGACUGAAGAUUCCGUUGGCAGCUGGGGAACAGCGGUGUGAUGUGUGCCAAAAGAUUUUCAAAAACAAAAAGAUGUUAUUUCGACAUCAGGAAAUUCAUGCCAGUGAAAACAAAUACAAGUGCCGUUACUGUGGCCGCUGGUUCCGGGCCAGAAGUAGUUGGUACAACCACGAGCUUAAGCACCGGCAUGCGGUCGGACGGGAGGAGAAGCUGGAACACGAGUUUCUGUGUGAAAUUUGUGCCAAAGGUUUUAAAGCGAAAAACCAGCUGCGGUACCACCUGGAAAUAGUUCACCAAGGCAUCAAACGUUUCCGUUGUGACAUCUGCAGUAAGAGUUUUACCAGAAAUGGUUCACUGGCUGAACAUAAACUGAUUCAGCAUGCCGGUAUCAAACAGUUCUCGUGCAACAUUUGCGGCAAAACCUUCGGUAAGGAAGAUUCCCUCAAGACGCAUCAAACCGUACAUUCGGGUAAACGCUUUCGAUGUGAACAGUGCUCGAAAACGUUUUUGAAAAAGGCAUUUUUGAAUGCUCACAUCGCCAAGACUCACCCGAGCGAUAACAUUCCAAAACCCGCCUCUUGUCACGUCUGUCAGAAGGCAUUCACUUCUGCGUAUCACCUCAAGAAUCACCUGUUGAUUCACACAAACGAUCGACCAGAAAAAUGUCAUUUGUGUCCGGCUUCAUUCCGACAGAAACAGCAGCUCAAAGUGCACAUGUAUCAGCACAACGGAAAACCAUUCAAGUGCCAAUUUUGCGCUGCCGCUUUCGGAAUUCGUGCCCGACUGAAAGCACAUCAGGAGAAAAAUCAUUCGGCCGAUAUGCGGAAUAUGGCAGCUCAACAAUCAACGCAACCAUCGCAGAUCAUUAACGAGCCAGAUUUCGGAGACGGUGCAAUUAAUGAGGAAAUUCUGAACGAAAUCUGCUAUCAAAUCAACGCCAAUCAGAUUGUCUUGCAGAACAUCGAAGACGACGGGGUAAAUUUAAUUUACAGCAGCAACGAACACAUCGUCUUUUUCGACGAUGGCAAUAACCUGUUGCCGGACGAGAUUGAAGGUGUUGAUUCGAUCGGUCAGCUGUACGAUUUCACCAAACAGGGCUACAAUCUACCAGCUGCCGAAGACCAACAUACAGAUGCAAACAAAAAUCAAUAAAACUACAAUCACUUAACUUUA